AUGGCUCAUGGCGUGGUUCAUGACGUGGUUCAUGACGUGGUUCAUGACGUGGUUCAUGACGUGGUUCAUGACGUGUCUCAUGACGUAGUUCAUGACGUGACUCAUGGCGUGGUUCAUGACGUGGUUCAUGACGUGGCUCAUGACGUGGUUCAUGACGUGGUUCAUGACGUGGCUUCGUUCCAUGUAACUGGUAAACUUGUACAACGCUUCACUGUAGAGGACUCUGACACAUCUAGAAUUACUGCUCUGAAGUGGAUGCAGGAACAAGCAAUGGUGCCUUAUCAGCUCUGGUCAGGCACAACUUCACUUGUUGCACCCUCUGAACGUGCAACUCAAAAACCACUUCACCAGUCACUUCAACAGCCACCCCAGCAACCACACCCCCAGCAACCACACCCCCAGCAACAACACCGCCAGUAUCACACCGCCAGUAAUCACACCGCCAGUAAUCACACCCCAGUAAUCACACCCCAUUACCACGCUCCCAGCAACCACACCCCCAGUAACAACACCCUUAGUAAUCACACCCCCACUAACCACAUCCCCAGUAACCACAUCCCCGGUAACCACACCCCCAGUAACCACACCCCCAGUAACCACAACCCCAGUAACCACACCCCCGGUAACUAUACUCCCACAAUCCUCACUAAUGGAAACCACACCUUCAGCUUCAACAACAACAACGACACCACUACCAACGUCACCAUGGAUGAAUACAUCAAUGCUAAUGUGGUAUCAGAAGUUGGGUUAGAGGCGACGUCCAGUGAAGUGUGCAGCCAGCAGUACCAGCGUGAGGCGGACACCCCGCGCCUGGUGCUGCUAUGGACACCCUUCUGGCAUAACUGGACAUCUUGGAAGGAUGUCGUCAACCAGCAUGGUAGACUACGGCAGGAACGCUGUCCUGUCUGGAGAUGUGAGUUCGUGUGGUCCCCUGAAGCCACGUCAGCCAGGAUCCUGGAUGCUGACGCUGUUGUCUUCUUCAGUUUGGACUUCCCAAGCCGGCCGCUACCCCGCCGCUCUCCCCGCCACCAGUGGAUAUGGCUAGAAAUGGAGGCACCGUCCGUGAGCCAGCUGACUACUGGGGCGUGGGCAACAGCGGAGCGUAAUGGCGUCUUCUUCAAUUUGACCAUGUCUUAUCACAGUCUCAACCAUAUCGUUAUCCCUAAUGGCUAUCUGCUGCCCCUGGACACCCCGCCACACUGCCCCUUACAGCCAGUCACCAUAUUAAACACCUCAUCAUCUACUUUCAUCAGCUAUAGUGAACAUAUGAGAGAGUACGACGCACUGCUGCGGGCAAAGGGUCGUCACAUGGACAACUGGUUGCGUACUGAAGCAACUCUGCGCCAUCAGAGCUCUGAAGGAGUCCAUCCAAAGAUAGGCGAGGCAGAAAAUGAAGCCCCGAUGAACAUUACUCAAACUCGGAAUACACACACUGAGAAUUACACAUUAAAGAAUCAAAAUAUGUUUGGAAAACGUCCUGGAUUUAUGAAAGAAGCGAAGAUAGAAAACAGUGACUAUGACAAUGACAAUUACAAUUAUGGGUUAACGAGGGAAGAGAUAAUGUGGGCAAGUAGGCGACAGCUGGUGGCCUGGAUGGCUAGCCACUGUCCCACUGUUUCUCGUCGGGAGUCGCUGGUGGCAGCGCUGCAGACACACAUCUCCGUCACCACAGUAGGAAAGUGUGGCGAGCUUACCUGUGGCAGGAACCACAUGGACACCUACUGCUUCCGCUGGCUGGCUGGCUCACACCUCUUCUACUUGGCGUUUGAGAAUGAUCUCUGCGAAGACUACCACACUGAGAAGCUUUGGCGCCCGCUUGAGUAUUCCAUGGUACCGGUAGUGUAUGGCGGCCCUUCCUACGAACAUCUUCUUCCAUUUGGUUCCUAUAUAAAUGUGAUGGCUUUUUCGAGCGCUGAAGCGUUGUCUGUUCACCUGGUGCACCUGGCCAAUCACCCAACAGCCUACCUGAGACACCUUCAGUGGAAGAAGUACUGGAGGGUUAGGUGGCCGGUGCCGUGGUGUAACCUGUGUGCUUAUCUCCACCAGCCACACCACAACCACCAUCAUACCACUCUUGAUUCAUGGUGGAACUCCACUACCCAGUGCUACGACCCUCUGAUGUGGUAACCUUUCAUUUUAACCUUUGUUCUACACGUGUAAUGUACAUAUAUGAGGCCUACCUUCGAGUAGCGACUGACAGUGUGAAUAUUUACGAAAACGUAAAAAGGGUAGAAAAGAGCAAAGAUUAAAUAAAUUUGAAAAAUGUAGCUAGACUCGUUAGGGAUCGUUUUCUUUAAAUUUUGAUAAAAAAUAGUGUAUAUGAGUGAACCGUAUAAUAUCUCAGAGUAAAUCAGGACAUAUAAUGAUAGAUAAAUCUCAAGUGGACGGAGAUGAUAAAGAGGGAUAAAUGAAUUUUUGCUUCAGGAUCCAAGUGCAUCUCUUGUAGCUAACAGGAAGAAGAUAUCAGAAGACUGCAGACAUUCUCACUUAUUUGUUGAAAACACAUUAGGUCAGUAUUAAACAAUUUAGUGACCUUAGCUGACGGUAAGAGAUAAUCAGCACCAGGCUCUCCAGAAUUAGGUAUUCGCCCUCUUUAUAGAAUUAGGUGUCCAUGGAGGCUGUAGACUCAGGCAGCAGAUUAUGAGUAGUAAUCAGUAAUAAUUAGAUACAUCUCUGUGAUAAUUAGCAUGGGUCAAGUGAGUUACAAAAUAAACUUAUCUUCACUGCUUUUUUAAAUACAUUUCCAAGGCAGCACUAUGUUGCUACUCAUACAAAAAUGAAAGAGGCACACAUUCGUUAUGGUCAAUUACUCAUGGAAAAUCAUACAGAUUUAUCAAGGAUAAUCUAACACUGAUAAAAUAUACAAAUUCGAGAACACAAGAAACGAAAGCAUGCAAAUCUGUACAAAUUCAUGGCAGCACUCGAGUCUUGUGGCCCCUCUCAGUUGUGUAUCAAAAACCUGUAUACUUACCACGGACGGGAGGCUGGCACAGAGACCGGUUAUCUGAGUAGCAUUCUGGAAUGCCUCUACAGCUUUUCUUGGUACAGUGCUAGAUAAUUAUUUUAUUGGCCCAGUUAUUUUAUGGAAGGCCGAGAAUCGAGCCUCUGAUAUUUUAGCAUGCUUCCCAAGAAGCAAAACAAAAUUCCAAGAUGCUUUUGACCACCGAGCUAUCAGUGCUACAAACAUCAGGUGCCACUGCAUAUGUCACUCCUGAUCUGAGCACAUAAAGUGCUCGUCACUGCAUUAUGCCGGGUGAGCGCCCCGGCAUAAUGCUGUGAUGAAAAUCAGAGGCCUAUCAUAGUGGGGUUUCUUUUUCGUCAGUGUAUUCUGCUGGGUAGCAGCCAUUAGCAUGACGUCACGACCUUCUGCCAUACUUCACAGUGACUUCUCAUUGCUCACGUGGGUGCCGUGGUGCAGCCACAUGAGCAAUGAGAAGUGUUCCCUU